AUGGCUCUCAUACAAAGAUCCCUCGUACUUAUUCCCUUGGCACUCUCCUUCAUCGCCUUCGUCUUGAUAAACCUGGCGCUGCUUUCUGGCCACCAGCAGGGUUUCAUGGAAGACUAUGCUGUUAUUAGGCUCAACACUUCCAUGCUUGGCCAAAAUAUCCUCAGAGAUGGCAGGUUAAGCGGCCGCAGUAACGAUGGCAGUGAUGACAAUGUCUUCGGCAAAAUUAAUGCCAAAGACAAGCUUGGUGAUAUCGCCGACGAUAUCCUUGCAAACAUCGCCGAAGACCUUGGCAUCAGCGACUGGUAUUCUAUCCACAUCAUGAAUGCUUGCCAAGGUGAAUUCGGAGCUAAUACAACCGCUUAUUUCUCACUCAACACCACCAACUGCACUCAUUCAUCUCCCUCAAAUAAAUUUAACCUCACUAAAAUACUAAAUCAAGAAAUGUCCAUCGGCCCCCUUGGCCUUAGCCUUGCAGAUAUUAGCUGGCCUGAUUCUAUCCAAGACAAGAUUAGUAGCUUUAAUAGCGCUUUGCUCGCCCUCUUUAUAUUCUUUAUUCUGGGUGCUACUUUUACCGGCCUCUCUAUGCUAGCAUGCAUUUCAGCAUUCUUCUUGGGAGACAAAAAUAUUAUCCUCUUGGCAAAUGCAAUCCUUGCAUUGCUUGCCGCUACAAUGAUUACACUUGGCAGCAUUAUUGUUACGGCGGCUUCUUCCAUUGCUGUUGAUGGCAUUAAUAAAGCUGGCGAAAAGAUUACUCUAGUGGCUGAUAAGGGUAUAAAAUUCUAUAUUAUCUCUUGGGUUGCGGUUAUAUUUAUAAUCCUUUCCACUCUGUUUUGGAUAACUAAAGCCACAAUGCUAUGGAAAAAGGAUAAGAGAACUUAUAAGCAUGUUUAA